UAAAUACUCACCAGUUACUGGGGCAAAGUAUCAUCUGUGCACAAAGAGUGGUGGGACAGCAUCUGACAGCCAUUACAUGGGACACAGACAGGUGGAGUGGACUCAUUAGUUACUAAAUACAGAAAUACUCUGAAACCUUCAUAUGUGUGGGACAUAACAUCACAUCAGAAGUAUAAAGAUCUGAGCUGGGUGUUCAAGUGAAGAAGACAAGUAUCUCACUGAGGUCGUUAUCGAAGAUAAACGGAGGCAGCUAAACUAAGUCGCCAUGUGGGAGAAGAGAGUGCGAGUGCUUCUGUCCAAAGCCCUACUCCACUGACACAACUGCAACUCCCUCAGGCCCCUGCCCCAUCCAAAGCUGUUCUCCAGGGGCCCUGAUAUGCGCCCCUGCUUCACUGGCCUCCACAGGCAGUCCCAACCUCAGGGCCAGGCACUGUGUGGGUAUCACACCGGUCUGGCUUCUGCCUACACACUCCGACUGCCCCUGAACUAAGAAUGAGAUACUCCUGAGUCACUUCUAUGUGUGCCGACUCUUCUCUCAAAGACUAAAUUGGUCUGAUUUUGUGCUUUCACUGAAAGCCUAAAAAAAUAUUGAAAACACCUUUUUAAACCUUCACAAUAUUUCCAUUUGGAAAACACUUUAUCAUAUUGUGCCCCCCAUCAAAAAGCAGCACGUGUUCCUUUGUGCUCACCACGUGGUGGAGGACCAUGGGAUGCCGUCAGAGUUCGGAGGAAAAGGAAGCUGCACGGCGCUCGCGGCGUAUCGACCGUCAUUUGCGGUCAGAAAGCCAGCGGCAGCGACGUGAAAUCAAGCUUCUGUUGUUAGGCACUAGUAACUCUGGGAAAAGCACCAUAGUAAAACAGAUGAAGAUCAUUCACAGUGGAGGCUUUAACCUUGAGGCCUGCAAGGAGUACAAACCCCUGAUCCUGUACAAUGCCAUCGACUCCCUGACUCGCAUUAUCCGGGCCCUCACCACUCUCAAAAUUGACUUUCACAACCCUGACCGGGCAUAUGACGCUGUGCAGCUCUUUGCUCUCACUGGUCCCGCUGAGAGCAAGGGGGAGAUCACACCAGAAUUACUAGGUGUCAUGAAACGUCUGUGGGCAGACUCAGGGGUCCAAGAGUGCUUUCAGCGAUCCAACGAGUACCACUUAGAGGACAACACUGCCUACUACCUGAAUGACCUGGACCGCAUCUCUGCACCUGAGUACAUCCCAACUGUAGAGGACAUCCUACGAUCCCGUGAUAUGACCACGGGCAUUGUGGAAAACAAGUUUACCUUCAAGGAGCUCACUUUCAAGAUGGUGGAUGUGGGAGGACAGCGCUCCGAGAGGAAAAAGUGGAUCCACUGUUUUGAGGGCGUGACUGCAAUCAUAUUCUGUGUAGAACUUAGUGGCUAUGACCUUAAACUCUACGAGGACAACCAGACGAGUCGCAUGGCAGAAAGCUUGCGUCUAUUUGACUCCAUUUGCAACAACAACUGGUUCACCAACACGUCUCUUAUCCUGUUCCUCAACAAGAAGGACCUGCUGGCUGAGAAGAUAAAACGUAUUCCUUUAACAGUAUGCUUCCCAGACUACAAAGGUCAAAACACCUAUGAGGAGGCAGCCGUCUAUGUGCAGCGGCAGUUUGAGGACCUUAACCGCAACAAGGAAACCAAGGAAAUCUAUUCGCACUUCACCUGUGCCACUGACACCAGCAACAUCCAGUUUGUGUUCGACGCUGUCACGGACGUGAUCAUCCAGAAUAAUCUCAAGUACAUUGGUUUGUGCUAGGAUCUGACAGGGGGAUGGGAUUUAGGAGGGUAAUUCAGACCUCUGCACACCAGCUAGCUAGCCAUUGGGCAGGUUCUUCGGACAGCCUAGUGUUUUAUCUCCACUGGGAGCUGCAGCAGAGAACUGUGGUUACAAGGUGCUCUGACAGAUACUACUGUAGAGUCAAUGUGUCAAUGCUGAGGCUAAAGAGCUGAUGGUCCACACUCAAGAUGGGAAUAUGCCCCAUUGUGUUUGCACUGAAUAUGAGUAUGCAGAGACACCCAAAAACACACGCACACACACACACACUUUUCUGUUAAUCACACACGGUCUUUGGAUAACAAUCGAGUACUUCUAUAUGUGGCUGGAACACUGGAAUUGUUCAACAUCUGUCCCUAGCCUGCCAAACCAGACUACAGGUCUAAACUGGGGCUCUCCAGUUAUUUUGGUCUCUUGUUUUCUUUGCCUGAGUCAAUUAAUGCUGCAUUACAACUCAAAUCAAAUAUUAAUGUUCUCUUUUGAAUUUUCACCCAACAAUGGUAAGCAGUGAGUGCACUUGAUGUGUUGUAAGGAGCGUUGUGUGUCUGAAAAAAUGUCAGUAGACAUGAUGUCACAGGUGUUUUGCCUGAAAGAGGAAACUGCCACACUUUAAACCCAAGUGAAUCUUCUUCUUCACAAGACUUAGUUUGACCCACAGACAAAGAUCCGUUUAGUUCAGAUUCUAUCAUUUAUUUCUCCUUGUACCUGGAAGGUGUUUCCCAAGCAGAGUCGAAAGUAUUAAAUAUCAUACCAUUGUCCAUCCAAAAGACAAACAGUGCCAAGAUCCAAUUGUAAAUAAACACAGAUCCUAUCUACAACUUUUGUUUUUAUGGACAAAUAUUUUAAACAUGCAUGGUUUUGUUACUUUGGGAUACUAAUAUAUUUUAUUUUGAGUUCUGUUUCUCUUAGUUAAAUAAUAUAUUCCCAAAAAUCUAUAUAAAAGUCAAACACUGUGUACGGUUGUACAGGUAAGAGAGGAAUCUAUUGAAAAGAAAUAUAUGAAUAUAAAGUGGUUAAAUAAUAUUCUAAUAAUGGUGAAGAUGACUGUGAUAAUAAAGAUAAUGUGAAAAACACAUCACAGAGUUAGCAUGAGAAAUCUCAAAGGAGAACAAGACUGUAGAAAAAAAGAAAACAUUCAAAGCUCAAUCUUCCUCCCAUUAUCGAAGUGGAAAGUUGUUCAAGUCAAUCAGAUGAUGUGUAAAUAUACUGUAAGGUACGCUAUGCUUAAACAAAUAAACAUGAAGCUGGCAUACUUUGAGAGGGGUGGAGACAGAGCACGUAGGAUGAGUGGAUAAACACAAUCUUCCUCUCACUCUUUUAAAUAAAACUGGUAAUUUGCAACAACUGUGUUAAGGGCUCAAGGCUUGACUUUACAGGAUGUCCAAACCAACAAAAACAGCAAUUAAAAAGAUGAUUAAAAUGGACAUUAACAAUGAAUAAAACAACUUAUGCAAAUUUUUAUUGUGUUGUAUGGUUUUGAGUGCUGGUUGUGUCCAAUAUGCUAUAAACUUUGCUUGUUUAAUUUUGAUGUGUGAGAGUAGUUCUUGUCUGAAAGCAUCAUGUCUUUUGGCCCAAAUCAUUCUUUGCUAAUUUUCUAAGCAUGACAAACAAGGUCUCUUCAUAUUAAUAAUUUGACAAAAGUGCUCAGUCAUGAAACUCAGCAACCACAUAAGUAGGUUUUAUUUUUAUUCUAACAAUGGUUACCAUAUAGAGAGCAAACAUUUUGAAUUAAAUAAUUAAUAAUAAUCCUCCUAUGAACUACUGACACAGAAGGGCCACAAAGCUAUGCUGGACUGACAAGAGCUUGCAGUGUUCAUGGUGAACUGCUGUAUGGUAUAAAAGCGCUCAACACCUCCAGUCUGUCUUAUUAUUUCAGAA